AGGCUCUCUCGUACACCGAGCCCGCUCCGGCCCUUGACAUCGGAUGUCGAUCCAUGGCCGAAGUGUGGGUGCUGGUUAUCAACACCGGGGGGACUAUCGGGAUGGUGCCCCAGUCAGAGGGUCUUGUCCCUGAAGCUAACAAGCUUGCAGAAGCUCUGAAGAAGAUGACCAUACUUCAUGAUGCAUCAUAUGCCAAGGAAACCCAACUAUAUAACCGCCUUGGAGUUGACACUUUGGUACUUCCUUCUUCCAACCAGGAUAAAAGAAUUAUCUACACCAUCCUGGAACUUUCUCCUCUACUAGAUUCUUCAAAUAUGACACCAUCUGAAUGGGACAAAAUUGCCAGGUGCCUUGAGGCAAACUAUGAGAAAUAUGAUGGAUUUGUGAUACUCCAUGGCACAGACACAAUGGCUUAUACAUCUUCAGCACUGUCUUUCAUGUGUGAGAACUUGGGCAAAACAGUUAUCUUGACAGGAUCUCAGAUACCAAUAUAUGAACUGAGGAAUGAUGGCAGAGCCAACCUGUUGGGGGCACUGUUGAUUGCUGGACAGUUUGUAAUUCCUGAGGUGUGCCUGUACUUUGAUAAUAAACUGUACAGGGGAAACCGGGUGACUAAGAUGGAUGCAGGGAGUUUCAGUGCCUUUUCCUCACCUAACCUGCCUCCGCUUGCAAAUGCUGAGGUUGAUAUUAUAAUUAAUUGGGAGACCAUAUGGAGAGCUAAUACUAUGAAGAAAUUUGAGAUCCAUAUGAACAUGAAUAGCAAUGUUGGAUUACUGAGAGUCUUCCCUGGAAUUACUGCUACAGCGGUAAGGGCAUUUCUUCAGAGCUCUAUGGAAGGCAUUGUACUUGAGACAUAUGGGAGUGGAAAUGCUCCAAAUAAUUGUCCAGAAUUACUAGAUUUGCUGAGGAAAGCUACUGAUUCCAAUGUAGUGAUUUUGAAUUGCACCCAAUGUCUGCGAGGAUCUGUGUCAUCAGUCUAUGCCACAGGAAAGACUCUCAUGGAUGCUGGUGUAAUUCCAGGAGGAGAUAUGACGCCAGAAGCUGCUCUUGCCAAGUUAUCCUAUGUCCUGAGCAAACCUGGACUUACUUUUGAUAAAAAGAAAAAGAUGCUGAGCAAGAAUCUGAGAGGAGAGAUGACUGUUGUGCCCAUUGGAACCCAGAUAACUCUCAAAGAUUGCAAGUUUAUACAAGAGAUUGCAAAAUAUCUGUUGAUCAGCUGCAAAGAGGAACUAGCAGCUGUAAGGGAUGCUUUGACUCCUUCUUUGGCAUGCGUGGCUGCAAAAAAUGGUGACUUAACUGCCCUAAAAGUCUUACAGGACUUGGGUGGAAACUUGAGCUCUGGUGAUUAUGAUGGUCGCACUCCACUUCAUGUUGCAUCCUGUGAAGGCAAUUUGAAGAUAGUCAGGCAUCUGUUGAAGUCUGGUGCAACUGUAUAUGCAAAAGACCGAUCAGGAGCUACUCCACUGAUGAAUGCUGUUAUGUUCAGGAAUCACAAAGUGAUUGAAUUACUCCGCAAAACUGGAGCUCACCUUUCCAGCCAAGAACUUGUGAAUGUUGGGACAGAACUCUGCAGUCUUGCUUUUCAUGGAGAUCUUGAUGGUCUGCUGGCAUGGCAUUUAGCUGGGGUAGAUCUGAAUCAAACUGGUUAUGAUGGAAACACUCCAGCUAAUGUGGCCAAGGCUGCAGGGCAUGCAAAAGUCAUCGAGUUUUUCAAUAAAUUGGCAUCGUGAACUUGAUACAUGAUGUUCCUUGUUGACUGUGAGGAAGAAAGGCACUGUUCAUGCAAACAACUACAACCAAUUGGAAAAGGCAAUUGAAUGCUUAUGAUGUUUAGGAUUAACUUAGUAUGGAGAUUUCUUUUUUAUAUCUGACUUUAAAAAAAACAACACCCAAAUCCUUAUUAAAAGAAAUAGUCUGCCUUUAAGGAUAUCAUAGAUCCAAACUGUAUUCCCAUAAUAGCCUGUCAGAUUGUAUUUUGCUUUCAGGAAGUAAUACAUGAUACUGAAUCAAACUGUAGUAUUCAUUGGUAAAACUAGGACUUGAAACCUUUGCUGCUGCUCUUCAAUUUUUAUUACCUCAAUGUACAAGACUAUUGUUCCCAUUAUCCCUAGUCUCCAUGGGCAGUACUAGGCUAGGAGUGAUGGGAGGACUUCAGAUUCAGAAGGGCUAUUUUGCACUCAGAGCAAUGCUCCCUGCCACUGAGAUCUCUUGAGCUCUUUGCUGUGGUAGAUAGUGUGAAUCAACCCUUCUUAAUAAAAUUUAGAAUUACUUAAAGUGCAUAACUCCACCUUUAGCAUUCUAAGAAACAACGUGAUCAGCUAUUGGCCAUUGCGUUAGAAACUGAAUAGUAGAUUUCCUAACAAAUAACUUUUUUGAUGUGUGAACUGAAGAUGGGUGCCAAGAAGACUGGAACCUCUGUGAAGAUCAACCUCUGUGAAGAGAAAUAAUGGGGAAAGAUAUAAACAAGUCUGGAAAACUCAGUGAUUUUAACAAAGAGAAAAAAAAUGAGGGGGAGGGGAGGAGGAAGAGGGGAAUCUUAACUUCACCCAGAUCCCAGGUGAGUAAGAAUCCAGAACAUCUUUAGUACUCCUGAAACAUAAAAAAAAUUGAAAAACUGAUUGGCAAUGAAAUGGCUUAUCUUAAAAAACGAUCUGUCUUUCUGGAAUGCAGCACAAGAUGUCUCGUACUGUAUGGUGGAGGAUAUUCUGUGGUGUUUUGUGGCAUGUUCAGUUUGAUAAAUGUAAAGCAAAUCUUAGCAUGAAUUUAGAGAUUCCUACUGUAGGACAUGAGGGGAAACAGAUAAUUUCAGAAAUCAAAAAAUAUCAAUAUGUUAAGCAGAUGAGUAAAUUUGCAAGUUUCUAUAGGUAGUGAAGUGAAAAUUAAUCAGCCUUCUAGAGAAUCUGAUAUGGGGUUAUAACUGUAUGAAUUUGAAAACAACUUAAUAAAAUUUUGAUAAGAUUUCUCAUGUUUCUCAAGUAGGCAUUGCAUAUUCCUAUUUUUAAUGCUUCAGUCUGUUAAGUAUUUACCGCCAAAUACAGUAGAACUAUGUGCUUUAUUACCUUUAAAAUGUCAUGAUGUGCUGCUAUGGUUUUCAAUAAAAUAUUUGGAAAUUGUUUGUUCAGCAUGAAGUGAUUUGUGUGUGUGUUGUCUGAGACAAUAUGGCAUUUUACUCACAAACAACCAUAGCUGCCUGGAGCAGUGGCUUUUCACACUGUUGAUUUCAUGCAACACACUCAUCUGAAGCUCUUGUUUUUCAUUGAAUAAUAAUCUGUUGAGUGCUUUGCAAUUUUGGUGGCUUCUCACAAGCUCACUCAAUGCAAACUAAAGAAAUCAAAAAGAAACUUUUUCAUUGGGCAUUUGAAGAUUGGGACAUAUAGACAGCCAAGGAGGAUGCUAAAAGAUGCAUAAUUAAAAAUAACGCUAACAAUAACUCUGCAUACUUUCAACAAAGAGGAUACACUCAGACGUAUUUUUUUCUUGUGUCUUAUCAACAAAGGCAGGUUUUGAAAUUUUCUUUAGAACUGAUCUCCCUGCCCCUCAUCUAAAUAGUAAAAUGAUGCUGCAAAGAGUGUGAUAACAAAAACCAGUAACGAAAGCCUUGCUGUAAUCUGGAUUGAUUAUAUGGUUUCACAGAGAAAUUUACUCAUAUGCAAGAGUCUCAUAGACUUGAUAAUCUUGAAUUUUAUUUCACAGACUUGUUUUAUCUGGAAUAAGGUUUGGCUUUUCCCAUUUUUUUGUUUGAACAUACAUUAGAGUCCUUCUUGCUCUUUGAGCUUGGUUAUUUAUAACAACAACAACAUCAACAUCAACAACAACAGAGUUGGAAGGGACCUUGGAGGUCUUCUAGUCCAACCCCCUGCCCAGGCAGGAAACCCUACACCAUUUCAGACAAAUGAUUAUCCAACAUUUUCUUAAAAAUUUCCAGUGUUGGAGCAUUUACAACUUCUGCAGGCAAGUUGUUCCACUGAUUAAUUGUUCUAACUGUCAGGAAAUUUCUCCUUAGUUCUAAGUUGCAUCUCUCCUUGAUUAAUUUCCACCCAUUGCUUCUUGUUCUACCCUCAGGUGCUUUGGAGAAUAGUUUGACUCCCUCUUCUUUGUUUGCAGACAUUUCAUUCCCUGAUUAGGUAACAUGAUCAGUGCUAGUGAGUGUAGGGUUUGCUCCAAACAGCCUAUUCCAGUCUGUACAAACAUGAGCUAUAUACUGUACAUUCUCUUCUAUUGAACACACAUUAUAACAUAUAGUUUGACCUCCAAAAACCCACUUCAGCUGGGAUAUCAAGUCUCUGAUAACUUUACUACCAAAUCCCCCAAAGCCUGAUCUGCUACAUUUUCAACAUCCAUUAAUUCGCUAGUCUUACUCCAGCAAGUAUGGUAAAGGCCAGUUUGGUUUAGUGAUUAAGGCACCAGGCUAGAAAGCAGGAGACCAUAAGUUCAAAUCGUAUCUUUGACAUGAAAGCCAAUUGGCUGACCUUGGGUCACUCACUUUCAGCCCAAUCUCCCUCUCAGGGUUGUUAUGAAGAAAACAGGAGGAAGAUGUUUUGGAUAUGCUUGCUGCUUUGAGUGUGUAUGUGUGUCUGUAUGGUGUCUUUGAAGACCCAAUUUAAACUGUCUAGGACAGUGACAAUUUAUAAUUGAAAAUCACAAAGUAAACAAUAUAUGGGUACAGUCUCAAUUACUGUACAUGUGUCCAUAAUUUUGCUUGCACAAGAAAGUGCCUCACCUGUAUUUCUCUUCUUAAUAUAUGUUUCUUGAACUAUUAUUUUACUUUUGUUUACUUGACACUCACCAGAUGUUUCAGAUCUACAGCUCCCAGAAUUCUCAGCUAACAUGGGGUUAUCAACUCAACAUAUCAAAGGCUAUCAAGUGAGGAAGGCAGACUGGCAAUCUAGCAUGAAGAAUCUUGGUCAAAUCCAUUAUUUCUCUUACUCAGACACUCUAACUGGCUGCUGCAUAACUAAUGGCAGC